UUUCUUGCCACUUUGCUCCUGUAGGUUACCGUUAUCACAUCUCAGAAACUUAUAACAUUUUGUGUUUAUUCAUUUGUAGAAGAUAAUAUUUAUUUAAGAAACUUUUACUGAUAUAAAUAAUAGUCAUAGUAAAACACAUUUCAGUCGCAUUUGGUAGGCUAUUAGGUUCGCGGUGAAUUUCAAAAUGAAGUGCGUACUUGCAUUGAGUGUGUUCGUGGUAAUUGCAAUUUCGUCGUGUUUAGCUAGUGACCUAAUAAUUGGGACUAGCUACAACGCCCGCUUAGCAUGGCAGCAUAAAUCAGACUAUAUGGGCAUUCCAUUCAAGAAGAGAGUAAAGGAAGUUUUCUACUCAGAUCCUGGCCAACAAAUAAUCAAAGGCAUCAUAGCAAGAGACAUCGACCACACUUCAGGGAGCGCCACAGUCACUGCCGGUGGUGUCGGUUUCAGUUUCGCCAACAUUCGUCUUAAGAGUGAACGUGGCAGUGGACUGAAUUACCAAAUCGAGAUUUAUGUAUAAUAUUCGAUAGCGGUCGCUAUCUCCCUACUUUAUAUAAUUAUUAAAUAAACAGAGGUCAAGUUCGCAGUAAUAAUCAUGUCUCAUUUUUAAUACACAAUAGUUUCAAUACA